GGGACCGUCACGGCGGGACACGUUUCUGACAGAUGGUUCGGCUGGCAUCGAGUCCUCACUCGGCUGGCUGCUCUCGGUUCGACGUACGGUUCGCCGUAGCGACGGCGGUGCUCCUCUGCGCCCAUUUUUCGGCUGACCCGCACCGAACGUGUGCCGCGGAAGAGGGCUUACCCGCCGCAGUGAGAUCGCAGGGAUCUGGUUCGUGUAUGGAUGUAAAGCAGUGGCGCAGAACACCGAAGCAGCCCCUUAGAAGAGACCUCGGGUGUGAUCCUGGCGUACCUCCAUCCAGCAUGGUACUUUUGGAUAGCCCUCGUGGUGAUACUGGCAUCCACAGUGGCCCUGACCGUGCUCUGCAUCAUGUGCUGCCGGAGGCCGCGACGCAAGUCUCCCACCUUAUGCGUUCCCACUGCAACUCUGCCAGCAGCAGCGCUGAGGACCACGCAAGACUCCGAGGGCAUCAUACAACCCGACGUGGCGUUCAGGGCCACGACCGAGGCCUCCGGGGCCCCGGCUCCACUGACGGAGAUGCUGAUGAAGGCCGAUGACAUGCUCCGGGCGCCCGCUGACCCGCCGUCGCGUAUCAUCACUCCGCUGCGACCGCUCAGUCCCGCCUACCAGCCGACGCAGCCCGUGAGCGUGAGAACCACUCCGUGUCACCACGGGGCUUUGGAGCUCACGCUGCCGCCCGGCUACAUCGCACAGAGGGACGCCAAGCUGACCACCUCGUUACAGUGACGAAUGACGAACGGCCAGCGAAACCUGUGCGUGCGCGGUUGUCCCUGAAAGGAGCCUUGUGACAGCUUUCAACCAAGCGGCGGUUUCUUUUGUGUAUGUGGCUUUCCCUAUCACCUCGUGACGUGCGAGCAAGUGGGGGAACACGCUGGGAAGAGUGGAUCGGCGGCGAAGAGCCAGUUUUUGAACGUCGGGAGACGGGCGGCCUUCGCCGAGCGGCGGCGUUGGUCGCGUUUUCGCUCCAUGGAGGUUGGCCUUGCUCUGGAAACUGCCGCCGAUGCACCCACGAACGUGAUAUCCCCGCUCAUGAUACGUUUUCGGCGGGGGCCUUCGUAUUCAUUGGUAAAUCUGCGUCCGUGCUUGCGCGAAUGUGUGACACGGCGAUGAGCAGGUACGUUGCGGAGUCCUUGUAAUGCUUGCUGUAGCCGAGUCUACAACCGCUCAGCAAGUGAACAUUGUUGCAGUGUCCGCGCAUAUGUUAUAUGAAUUGUGCCAGUCGCUUCUCGCACAAAUACGUCGAAGUCAACGCUAUGCGCCGUGGCAAUGUUCGUAUGCAACGAACAUACUUUCAAGCGUCCGCAGAGCAGCGCAGUUCGCGAUAUGUUGUUAUGGGCGUCCAACGGAUCAAUAGGUCGAUCGUGACGCCAUCCGGCGAAUAUCCUUAAAUAUCCCAUCACUCUGUCGACAAGCGCGUGAAGGAACAAAAACUACAGUAGAAUUUCGAUAAACGGAAAUCGGUUAAACGGAAUCAAUGCUUAAACGGAACAAACGCCUCGCAGUUGGUUGGUUUUGAAUUAAGGCAAUGUAAAAAAAAUCCCGUUAAUCGGAACUCGAAUUUUCAGACCACCGUAUAAACGGAACCGAAAAUAGACUCGAAACCGCAACUUGACGUUCACGCAGAGCCCCAUCGCGGUACGCAUCACUGUUUCCCCUUCUUUCUCGCACACGGUAACCGCAUCGCUAGCUUGCUUUCUGUCACGGUGCGCUUGCUGUUGUUAGGCUUAAAUAUUACAUCCGCUGUUUAGCGUCGUCUGCGACAUAUUUCGUCGCGAAGUCAGCACCUGAUGAGUAUGAGUGGUGCCAUUCUAAGAAAACGGUUGCGAGAGCUCAAACAAGCAAACAUAAAGUCCUUUUUCACAAGCAAAUAAAUCGCAGUUUCCACUGAUUUCCGCGGAAUAAGUGGACUAUUGAGAUAUUUUUUUUAAGUUUGAAUAGUGCUCUGAAAAAAAGUUCAUUGCUUACCGCUUUUGUGCAAUAACGUUUGUGCCCAUAGCGUACCGUCCUCUUUAAUACCUAGAUUUUGCAUCUGAGAUCCGCUUCAGCGGAGACUGACAAUUGCGCGCACGCCUGCCUCGUCGGAACCAAGCAGUCAGGAACGGAUUGCGAAAUCCUGAACCUUCUCUCUCUAAACGAAACUCCUGAUAAACGGAACGUAUUUUCCCGGUCCCUUGAGGUUCCGUUUAACGAGAGUCCACUGUAUAUCAGGCGGAGCUUUGCGUAUUAGUGUAGGGAUAGUCCUGUCUCUGUCACGUAUCUGCCUUUUUGAAUUGCACUAAAGGCUUUGUCAUUAUGGAUUGUAUAGGCUGGUAAAAGGAAGAAAUGAGACUGGACUUUGCAGCCAUGAGAGACCGCCGGCAAUUACAUUUUGUAUUACUAGCGCUGCGUAAUGCAAUUUAUUGAUGACUGUACCGUCUUCACGUGACAUUCCGUACCGGGCGCCAUUUCUAUGUGCGAAAAAAAAAUAGGAUUCCCUGAAGUCCCAGUUCGUAGGUGGGCGUUGUACACAAGUCGAGUGUGUUGUAGGGAGGCCGGUAUGAAUCUACAGUGUCCUUCAACCUCAUCCGCGCACUUCUCGAAGAAGCCAAAGGCAGAAACUAGUGCUACAGCGAAAUGCUGGCCUUUCCGAGCCUCAAAGCCCAGCAUUUUCCGAGCAAAAUGAUGAAGGGGAGGAGAUGGUAAAGGUGGUGUUUACGAGACUGCAUGACGGUAACAUACAGGGUGUCCCAGCUAACGGUAACAAAUGUUUUCAAAACGACGGAGUGUGCUAGAGGGCGAGCUGAAACCAACUCAGUGGCGUUGAGAAUCGUACGGCCUAGUCGGCGGUAUUUUUCUUCUUCGUUUUACAAAGUCACUUAGUAUAAACGAAUUGCCGAACUUUUUGAAUUUUUGCUUCACCAUGAAAGUGCCAAUACGAAAGUUGUAGAUGACAUUUAAAAAUGGCCGACUGAAGUGUUUGGAAGUAAGCACCAUUGAUGAAGCUUCUUGUACUUGCUUUUAAAGAAAGCCCGCGAAAUACAAAAACGAGCGCGCGUGGAAGCGCCACUAUUUCGGCACUGCCAGACGACCGAUCCAAAAACUAAAUCCGCUUGUCUCUGCAGCACUGUCCGAGACGAACUUUGCGUUUCCGGUGGUCGCAAGAUCACGCGCCAGCAACUCUCGCUAUAUUGCGUUCCAUACAUUGCAGUCAACGAUGUGGAGGCUAUAGAGAGGCUUCGUGCAGUGGCUUCGUCCCCAGUUGGAUAUAGUUCGAUGCUUUUUGGCCGCAGUUGUGCGCAAGUGCUCUUUAAUGUAGGCUCAGUAUUGAAUGAAACAAGUGUCAAUCCUUAGAAACAAACACACAGUGGUAUACGGCCGCUAAUGCAUUGUUUUAGAUCAUUUUUACUUUUGUUGUACUUUUAUCCCGCCGCGAAGAGCCUCCCGCGCAUGCUCGCGAGAGCGAACGCUGUUGGCGCGCAGCGGAGCGCAGACGGAGCGCGCGGAGUGAUGACGUUUCUUGACAGAACUUCUUGCGUAGCUUCCACAGCGUUGUCUGCUAUGUAUGGAACGGAGUAUAGUAAGAUGUGAUCGCGAACAAUAAGAAGAACGUCAUAAUUGCAUUUUCCUUCCCGAUUAAAAAGUUCUGCGGGUAUAAUAUUUACUCAAACCCGAGCUCUUUUUUUGUUUGUUGUUGUUGUCUUGUGUUCGGGCUUCAUUCAUUCCACAAGUGGAGCGAAUUAUAUGUUUAUGCUCCGUCACGUCGAAGCGCGACACACCUUCAUCACCGCCGCUCGCGCCGUGCGCCCGAUAGGUCGUAUGGGGGCGCCGAAAUAGCAUCACACGUUUUUUUUUUUUUUUGUACCUUUCACGGGCUUUCUUCGAGAGCAAGUCGAAGAGGCUCUAUGAAUGAUACUUAGUUGCAAACGCUUUAGUCGGCUAUAUUUAAAUGUGAUCGACAAUUUUCAUGUCGGCAAUUUCUUGCCGAAGCCAGUAGUUUAAAAGCUAGGAAAUUAGUUUUGCACUAAUUCAUUGACUUUCCAAAAACAAACAAAAAAAAUAGCACAGCCUACGUCGCGCGAUCCUGAACACUCCUGAGCUCGUUUCAGUCCACUAGCACACUUUAAAGACUUGGUUGCUUUUAGCUGGGACAACGUGUACACUAACAAACCGUGUGUUUAUAUUGUAAUUUGGUGGUUAUACUUACGCUACAUCUGCUACGACCACUAAACGGAAGUUGUUUGUCUUGUUGGGCACAUGUAUGUGGCCAGAGGACUUCUCUCAUGGGAUGGCACUGGGCUUU